AUGUCCCCUUCAGCGCAGCAGGAACAUGGCAUUCUCGUGCUGGGAGUGCCGAAGGAGACCCAGAAGGAGUAUGAUCAGUUGGCGAAGGAGUUCAAGCUCAAGAUGGUUGAUGCCAACACUCGCGAAGAGUUCAUUGCCGCUGUGAAAUCAGCUGCUGAAGAGGGCGGAUAUGAUGCAGUCAUGUUCCCUUUCGGUGCUCAGAAGGGACCCGUGAACGAGGAGCUCCUAGGCCCUCUCAAGGGUCAACUCAAGUUCGUCACCGGCAUUGGCGCGGGGUAUGAUACGGUCGAUACUAAGUGGCUCGAGAGUGUAGGCGCGUGGUACUGCAAUACCCCAGAGUCGGUGUCGGACACCACCGCAACAACGGCAGUAACGCUUAUCCUCAUAUGCCUCCGACAUGCGACCUCGCUUAUGGCAUCUACCAAAGCUGGUAAAUGGAAAGGGAACAAUGUGCUCACCCCCGAUGCGCGAGGUUUCGUAGUCGGCAUCCUUGGCAUGGGUUCGAUCGGUAAGCUUGUCAGGAACAAGGUUCAGGCUUUAGGGAUGAAGGUCAUAUACAACAACCGUGCACCUCUUCCUGCGGCAGAGGAAGGCGGUGCAACCUACGUCUCAUUCGACGACCUUCUCUCGCAGUCAAACCUCAUCACCGUGCAUUGUCCGCUGAACCCCGCAACCCGGCACUUGCUGGGUGCACCUGAGUUCGCCAAGAUGCAAGAUGGAGCAAUGAUCGUGAACACGUCUCGAGGGUCGGUGAUCGACGAGAAAGCGCUCUGCGACGCCCUGCGAUCGGAGAAGCUCUCCCGUGUAGGACUCGACGUCUUCGAGGAGGAACCGAAGAUCCAGCCGUAUCUGUUGGAGUGCGAGAGGGCGGCACUCUUCCCUCAUCAUGGGUCGGCGACCGUUAGGCUGCGUGUGGACACGGAGCUGGAGGGGAUCAGUAACUUCAGAGACUGGGUAGCGAAUGGCAAGCCGAAGAAUGGCGUCAAUGAUCCGCUGAACAAGUCGACGCUCUAGAACAACCGCGA